AUGAAGCUGAUCCUUUCUCUGAAUCUGAUCUCCAGCACAGCUGGAGCACUUGUGUGUCAAACUUGCAAAAAUCAGGAGUGUUCAAGCACGGCACCACUAACGUGUUCCUCAGAGACAAUGUGUAUAACAGCUUCCAUUCAAGCUACUUCAGCUGGAACCCCAGGCCAGCAAAUCUUCAAGGCUUGUGCAUCGUCCUCCCUGUGUCCAGCCGCAGGCUCUCAGACAUUUUCAGCCAACUUGGGAGCUGCGAGUGCACUUGCAUCUGUGACAUGCUGCAACACAGAUAACUGCAACUCACCUACUCUACCAUUCCCUGCUACUCCAGCAGAUAACAGCCUACAGUGUUUCUCUUGUGACCCCGUCACCUCUCAAUGCACCAACCUAUUACAAUGUAAGGGAUCGGACCGCUGCUUUCAAGCGACUGUGAUUUUUCUUACAGUGGGGUCCAGCAGUUCUCCUGCUUUUGGCUGUGCAUCUGGAAACCUGUGUGCAGCUGCUACCAGCCUGGGUAGCCUACCUUUCAUGGAAAAUGUUGGUAACAUCAGCAGCGGACCUUCUUGUUGUGGGACCAGUUUCUGUAAUACUGUCACAGCCCCAACGCCAACAACUGCUGCCCCAACAACAACUUCUUCAGCACCAACAACAACAACUGUUGCAACAGCAACUACUGCUGCCCCAACAACUACUGCUGCCCCCACGAACAACGACUGUUGCCCCAACAACAACUACAGCCCCAACUAUGACUGCACCCACGACGACAACAACUGCAGCCGCAACAACUGCUUCCCCAACCAUAACCACAGCAGCCCCAACAAAAACAACUGCAGGCCAAACGACACCAAUUGCAGCCCCAACAACGACUGCAGCCCUAACAACAACUGCAGCCCCAACAACAACUACUGCACCAACAACUGCUUCCCCAACGACUGGUGCCCGAACUACAACUGCUGCCCCAACUACAACUGCUGCCCCAACUACAACUGCUGCCACAACCACUACUUCUGCCACAACCACUACUUCUGCCUCAACAACUGCUGCACCAAAAAUGCUGCAGCACCAAAAACAACAACUGCAGCCCCAUCUAAAAUUGCUGCCCCAGCACAAACAACUGCAGCCCCAUGA